UGUUUUGGCUUUUGGUGGAGCAGAGACGACGCCCGAUUGCCAGCUUAGCGGUGGUUAGCUUAGCCAGCAGACGCCGCCAUUACCAGCCGACGUUAGCUAGCUAUUAACGCUACUGCAGGCCUCAAGCUUUGCCGAUUUCACCUCAGGGAGCUUACUUUUCACAGUUUCAGUUGAAUUUUAAGUGACAGACAUUUACUAUACUGUUCAUAAUAAGUCUACAUGUGUCCUUAAUCCAACUGAGAAUCCGUUUACAUCGUAAAACAAAUGGGCCACUUUACCGCAAGCUAACGCGACAGCUUGUGGCUAGCAGUGCUUGUUUCCAGGGAUGCUAAGGGGACAUUUAGGAUAACACAGCUGGGUCCUGUAUACCCCGGUGUGAUGCAUUCGCUGGCUCAGGAGAUCCAGGGCUUCUCCAAAAACCGUCUGAAGAAACAGUGCACGUGUGUUACCACGGUGACAGGCAGGAGGCUUCUGGAGAGGAGGGGUGAUGGAGGAGAGGGAGAUGAGCAGGUUGAAGAGCUGGAAGAGGAAGUUGGAUGCGGAUUUGUAGAAGAUACAAGUCUGGACCUUCAAGUUGGUGUCGUUAGACCCUUCCUACUGCUGGCCUCUCAGGAUGCAGCCCACGACAUUGACACCCUGCAGAGAUUUAAGGUGUCUCAUGUGCUAAAUGUGGCCUAUGGAGUGACUAACCUGUUCCCAGAUCAGUUGAUUUAUAAGACGCUGCAGAUCCUGGACCUCCCAGACACUGACAUCACUUCAUAUGUCGGGGAAUGCAGCUCCUUCAUAGAUCAGGCCCGAGAACAGGACGGUGUGGUGCUGGUCCACUGUAACGCGGGCGUAUCACGCUCUUCCUCCGUUGUCAUUGGCUACCUGAUGUUGAGGGAGGGGCUUUCGUUUGACGAUGCAUACAGCCAGGUGAAAGUGGCGAGGCCCUCAAUUCGCCCCAACCCCGGCUUCUACCAGCAACUACAGGGUUACAAACCUUAAAGCUGCAUUCAUUAUUUUUUGUCCACUUGGGAAAGACAACACAUAUACAUAUAUAUUACAUAUCAUGGAACCUUAAUAUAAUGGUGAACAAAAGGUUGCUUAUUUACACAUGCAAGCUCAUUAUUCACUCUUCUUUUAGCACUGUUUUGGUCCCCACCAACUCUGGAGGGAAAUAUCUGGAUCUUUAGCUGCUAAAUGCUCCACUGCGUUCACCAGCUAGUCUCCAAUUGUGUCUAUGUUCUGUUUGGUGCUAAACAGGUUGCGUACAGUGUAUUUUUAGAGCUUUUUCACUGAAAGCAGCUGCCUGUAAGAGCGAUCCAAAACAGGAAAGUUGUGGGCUGUGUAAACAAAACAUCGAGCUGAAAGAAGCUUAAAGGGGAACUGCAGAUUUGGUGAUAAUUCUCUUUUCCCACUACACAUAAUCAUUUGAUCCAUUUUAAUGUAAAAAUAUUGAUAAGUGCUGCUUCAAGGAACUACAAAUCUGUUCUUCAACUUGAGAAGAAGCCUUACAAAACUACAACACCACCUUGUAGUACCACAAUUGUAGUGUUGUACCAAAAGCUGUAGGGCUUUAUGUUUGCUUUUCUCCUACCUGUGAUAAACAAUUUUUGAAAACCACCCUGCCGUUUGUCUGCCUUUGUAAUGAUUAUGUUUUAUUAUCAAACCUAAGAAAAAUUUCAAUAAAAUAUAUCAAUUUGCAGCAGGAAGAUAUUUAAACAUUUUAAUGACUCCCUAAACAAUGAUUUUGUUUCUUGAAAGAAAUGCAACCCAGAAGUAAUGUGAUAAUGUAUUCACUAAAAGAAAUUUCAAUGCAAGGUGUGCCAUAUGUCGAUGAACUUGCCCAGUAUGUAUGCAUGUGUUGAAUGGGUAAUUUGUCUAAAAAUAGAGUGGGUAAAUGAAAAACUGUGUCUACUUUUCAUUCCACAGUACUAAAAGUGUUUGAUUGAGUGUCUGAUUAGCUAUUGGAUCCAUUUAUUUUAGAGGCACUUGUUUUCUUUGCAGUAUAGCUUGUUUUCUAAUUAAAGACGUACCACUUUUU